CGCAAAUCUCACGCCCACACCACACUUGCUUCGUGUUUCUCGUCAGCUCUACACCCACCCUUACUUACCACGGACCGGUCCACCUCCAACCCAAGAAUUCUCCGUCCAUGUUGUCGUGGGAUUGCUCGGACUCCGGAGGGUCGUCCGGCAGCCCCUACGGCCUGUUGUUCAACGCGCUCGCUCUUAUACCACUGUGGCACUACCUGCUGGGUUCGCUGAUCGUCGCCGUUGUGUUCCUCUACACCUUCCUGGAAAUUCAUUUCCUCCAAGAUUUGUUUUCCGGGUUCAAUGGGAGCCCCGUGAGCUUGACUCACCACCCCUGUUCCCAUAUCUACGACGGCGUCGUUUCCAAGUGCCGCGUUCUUCACGGCCGGUAUUUGGCGACGCCGUGGCUCUCAAGUCCGCAUAUACAGACUGUUUUUCUGAAUUUCCAUGGGAGGCCUCCUGCAUUCAGCUACAGAAGACAACUAUUUCAUGCUUCUGAUGGUGGAACCAUUGCCUUGGAUUGGCUCAUGAGUUGUGAUGUUUCAGGUGGUGCUUUACACAUGAAUAGUUUCAUUUCUAAAAAUGACACAACUCCUAUCAUGGUAGUGGUUCCUGGAUUAACAAGUGAUUCUGCUUCAGCAUACAUAAAGCAUCUUGCCUUCAGUACGGCAAAACAUGGCUGGAAUGUUGUUAUUAGCAACCACAGAGGAUUGGGUGGUGUUUCAAUUACUUCCGAUUGUUUUUAUAAUGCUGGAUGGACGGAGGAUAUACGUGUAGUUGUUAAUUAUCUCCAUAGAGAAUACCCUAUGGCUCCUUUAUUUGCUGUUGGAACUAGUAUCGGUGCCAAUAUUCUGGUAAAAUAUUUGGGGGAGGACGGAGAGAAUACUCCUAUUGCUGGGGCUGUAGCUCUCUGCUCUCCUUGGGACCUUUUGCUUGGUGACAGAUUUAUAAGUCGCAGGCUAGUGCAAAAGUUCUAUGACAGAGCGCUUACUAUUGUGGUUCAAGGGUUUAUGCAAAUACACCAGCAUCGCUAUUCUCGCCUUGCUAACUGGGAAGGCAUAAAAACGUCACGUUCUAUUCGAGAUUUUGACAACCAUGCCACCUGCCUCGUUGGAAAAUUUGAGACUGUGGAUACAUACUACAGGCACUGUACUAGUACUAGUUAUGUGGGAAAUGUGUCAAUACCACUACUAUGUAUCAGUGCUUUGGAUGAUCCAGUCUGUACAAAGGAAGCCAUUCCUUGGGACGAAUGCAGGGCGAAUAAAAAUGUUGUGUUGGCUACAAUAAAGCAUGGAGGACAUUUGGCAUUCUUUGAAGGAAUAACUGCAUCUGGCCUGUGGUGGGUAAGGGCAGUUGAGGAAUUUCUUGAUGUUCUACACUCUAGCCCGUAUAUGCAUGUACAAAAGAAGAUGCAGAAUUCUGGGCCCCAUUUUUCAUCGGACUCUGCAAUUGAUCAGGGUCCAUUUGUAAAUGUUGCAGAUGGAAUGGUUUCUGCAAUGUGCAAUGAACAAAAUGGAGAUGAUGUGGUCGAGGAAUUACCUGAACUGCAGAAGAUUCAUGAUGAAAAAGAUAACAAAAUAGUUUCCGAUGUAAAACAAGAUGGGCACCUGACAGGAGCAAAGGAAGAUGAUGCUUUGCCGGACAUUGCAGAAACCUCCAACUCCAAGAAUGCUGAGCACCAUCAUGAUGGAAUUUCUCCUAUUCGAAGAUGCUUACAUCUGCUAUCUCGGCAGAAUAGGUGGUCUAUGUGGGUGCUUGCUUACAUUGCCAUUAUGACAAGUUGGCCAUUGGUAGGCUCAGCUCUUCAAAUUUUCUUCAGAAAGAAGCUCAGAAAUGUCUUACCUGCUGCUUUCCUCAGAACCAACAGUGUCAAAUGAUUCUUUGUAUUCCAUACAUGUAGUUUAUAUCAUUUAUUGUAAUUCUGAAUUUGGCGUUGUACUAGUAUGAUAUUUACACUCCUAUGCUAAUUGUCUAUUAAAUCUCAAUAAUUACAAAUCAAUCCCUCUGACUCUGAGGAUGGAUAAUGAACAGAAGAA